AUGCUCGCAGAUGCUCUACAACCAGUUGCGAGGAUUGGCAUGCAUGAGGAAAAGGAAGAUUCGACGCGAAACGGAAGACUUGAUAAGUUACUAAGAGUAGGAUCGGAGAAACACUCGCGACCAAGCUACGAGGGUGGGACCCCGGGCAGAGUGAUGCGAAGGGACGUGUCGGUGCGUCUGGAGAGCGUCUGCAAGAUGCAGUGA